AAAACACCUGUCUGUAGAGUGAAGUUACAGAGCGAUGUUAUCCAGAGUCUUAGAUCUGAAUCAACAUUACCUCUCGGGAAGUGCUUUUUGUUAGUUUUGUGUUCAGAGGGCGGUAGCAGUAAACCUCUUUAUUUCUUUUAAACAAAUAAUUUAUUUAUCAAAGGAUAUGUAGCUAUUCAAAAAGAUUUUAAAAAGUAAUUUUGAAGGCAUAGGUGCAGAAAGACUGGCCAGUGUAAAACUGUACUCCAUUGUUUGCAUUCAAAUCUUAAGACUCAGGGUGCCAGUUCUCUCCCCUGGCCAGUCGAUGAAAAGCCUGACCUGUCUUUACACAGAUGCGUAAUUAUACCUGUUGAAAAUGGGGAGAGGGAGGGCGCAUAUCCACUGUUACACUGGGCUGAGCAGAAUGAUGGCUGUGACUGGGACUGAUUCUCUCAGAGAACUUUGAUUAUUAGUUACUCUUCUGGAAUCUGAAGAAUGAGGGUGUGUUUCUCCAGCCCCCUUUCACCAGCUGGAAACCAGUCUAACCAGUUCUGCCCCGAAACUCACCAGUGAGGUCCAACAGAACCAGUAACCCCGUCUCACUGCGGCUCCUCUGCUCUGCUCUCUGGAUGAUAGGGGGCUCCGACUCGGUGGAGGUGACAGCGGAGAGACCCCAGUUGUUUGCCCGGGUGGGGGAUGCGGUCAGUCUGGGGGUGCGCAUCACAGUGAGCUCGCCAGUGGAUUCCCCCCAGUCCGUCACGUGGAGUGUGAAACAGGGAACAGGCACACGGAGGAUCCUGCGCUACGACCAGAACCGCGGUCCUCCGGUUCCACUGCCGCAGUACCAGGACCGGGCCCGCUACCUCAAUGGGUCUCUGGAGCUCCUCAAUCUCAGCCUGUCUGAUACAGGGCUGUACAAAGUGAUGGUCUCUGAUAUGAAGGGGGUUGAAGUAGAGGCAGAAGUAACCCUCACUGUGGAAGUCCCCGUCUCUGCACCUUCAAUUACCAGGCACACCCGUCCUCAAGACCCCACGCACAGCCUGGUCCUCUCCUGCUCAGCCUUGCAGGGGACCAGCCUCAACUUCUCCUGGUACCAGAAAGGUAUCCUCCUCCACAACUCCGCCAAUCUGUCCCUCUCGAACCCAGGACCCCCCCACUGCAACUUCUACACCUGCGUGGUCAGCAACGCUAUCAGCACAGAGGAGGUAGCCUUUGCUGAUAUUCCUCUGUGUGUUGAAAGCAACAACAACAACAAGCUGCUGUUGAUUGCGGUUCCUUGCAGUGCGGCCAUUCUCAUUGUCGUCGUUAUCCUGGCGUUCAUCACACACAAAUCCCAGCAGAGAUGUGGUAAGAAAGCUGAUGCAGAACAAUCCGACUCUGUAUAUGAACCCAUGUACCCUAGUUUGAGGAGGCCCGGUGCUCACGCUGUGGUAGAGCAAGCCCCGAGAACACAGCUGGCCCACUGUAACAGCAGAGCAGCACAACACAACUCCAAUUAGCAACUGAGUACAAACCUAGCAGGCAAAUGGAAACAGCCAGCAAGCAAGAAAAAACUCAAGAGCUCUCAUUCACCCUAAUCUACACACAGUUAAACAAGGUUAUGUUCUAGUGGUUUGUUAAGGACUAGGGUUAAGGUUGGGGGACUGGAGAAAUACAAAUAUCCCUGUUGCACGGUGGCGCUGUGGUUAGCGCUGCUGUCUCACAGCUCCAGGGUCCUGGGUUCGAUUCCGUUCUCAGGGGUCUGUCUGUGUGGAGUUUGCAUGUUCUCCCC